AUGUCAUGGCAUCGUCGCCAGAGUUCCUCCUCGCCAUCCUCGUCGUCGUCGCCGCCGCCGCCGCCGUCGCCGCCGCGCAAGCAGCUGACGCGCUCUCAGUUGGCUCGCAGAAUCGCCAAAGGCGAGACGCUCGUACUGCGGGGCAGGACCAUAUACAAGCUCGACUCAUGGAUCAAGCGUCACCCAGGCGGAGAGCUUGCCAUACUCCACUUCGUUGGUCGAGAUGCUUCGGAUGAGAUUGAAGUGUACCACUCGCAGGCCACCCUCGACCGAAUGCGCGUCUUCGCUGUAGCCACGCUGGCUGAGGAUGACUGGACUGGAUACCGCCCAUUGAUUCCGCCUAUUCAGCUGGGAUACCGUAAUGGCAGGCUGGAUCAUCCUGAUGCGCACGAGGAUCUGUGGAGAAGGAAGCGUCGCAGCGACCAUGGCGGGGGCGAUGCCGAGCGCUCCCGCUCAUUGAGUCCGUCAACUGCUUCAGAUUCUGGCUACGAGUCAGCAGGACCAUCAUGGGACAAAGACGCAGAGAGACCGCAGACGUUUCCCCUGCCGCUCAGCUUGCUCGAGCCACCUCCCGACCCCGAUGGAAUGGACCCCGCCAAGGAGCGUGAAAUCUCCAUCGCCUUCAAGCAGCUACACGAAGAGGUCAAAGCCUCGGGCCUCUAUACGCUCAGACCGGCCGGCUACAUGCGUGAAUGCUCUCGCUACCUCGGACUGGCCCUCACCUCGUACCUCUUCUGGCAUUAUGCCAACGGCCGAACCUCCUUCUUCCUCGCAUCUUCCUUCUUCCUGGGCCUCUUCUGGCACCAGCUCACAUUCACCGCCCAUGAUGCUGGACAUUCGGGCAUCACGCACAAUCACACCCUCGAUCGCCUGAUCGGGUCUGUCAUUGCUGAUUUGAUUGGGGGGCUGUCGCUGGGCUGGUGGUGCGACAAUCACGAUGUGCAUCACUUGGUCACCAACCACCCAGAUCAUGACCCGGACAUUCAGCACAUGCCCUUCUUUGCCAUCAGCCCGCGUUUCGUUAAGGAGAAUGAGGACGGACCUGCCACGCUCGGCCUCUGGUCAUCCUACUACCGGAGGGUGCUCACCUUUGACGCCCCCGCUCGUCUCUUCCUCAAAGCGCAGCACCACCUCUACUACGUCGUGAUGAGCCUGGGGCGAUUCAACCUCUACGCAAACAGCUACGGCUUCCUCACCCUCAAGGCAAAGCGCGAUCGCUGGUUCUACGUCGAGACGAUCUUUCUUGCCAUCUUCUGGAGCUGGUACGGGGCACUGCUGGCCAGCUGCCCUACGUGGGGAGUGAGGAUCGGCUACCUUCUCAUCUCGCACAUUGUCACGAGUCCUCUGCAUGUCCAGAUCGUCCUCUCGCACUUCGCGCAGUCGUCCCACGACAUGGGGUUGAGCGAGUCCUUCGCCUCCCGCCAAGUCCGCACCACAAUGGACGUACAAUGUGCCCCGUACCUCGACUUCCUACACGGCGGCCUGCACAUGCAAGUAUCUCACCACCUCUUCCCUCGUCUACCGCGUCACAACCUGCGCGAAUGUCGCGAUCGCUUUGUGAAGCCAUUCGCAGACAAGUGGGGGCUUGGCUACCAGGAGUACACCUUUACAAAGGGGAAUGGGCGAGUGCUCAAGGUGCUCAAGGACGUGGCUGAUCAGGUUCGGGUGCUUGGUGAAGUCGCAGGGGCGCAGGCGAGAGGCGAGAUCGAGCAUUGA